CUUUUCUCUCCUAACCGCAUAUUUUCAUCACCAACUGUAUACCCCUCCUCCUCCUCCUCCUCCUCUUCCUCCUCCUCCUCCCUCCCCUGUUUUCCUGCUUACAAUCACAUAACGCAACUCCAACAUGUCAAGGCGCACUUCACUCCUCCUAAUAUUCUCCACAAUCCUCCUUCACAUCUACACCUUCGCCCAUGCAGCGCCAUCCUCAUCCACCCGCAGUACUUACACCUCCCCCUCCUCCUCCUCUUCCAGCGCCUUCAUCGAUGGCCAAGCACUCUACGUCCUCCACAGCCUCCAACCCUCUGCAAACGCCUUCCACGCCACGACCUCGGACUCGGACUCGACCACCUCUCGCACGCUCAUGGUCGACCUCUCCGUCUCCUGGACCGAUAGCGACAUAGCCAUCAAAUACCUGCCCGACGGGCCCGCCAGUGGGACCUUCAUGCCGACGAUUCUAUCCUCCGACAGACAGGACUGGAUCGCUUUCGCCAGCAGUGGGGUGUUCGCCUACAACAUCGGAUCCGGAACCUGGAACUCGACGACGCUGUUGACGACGAGGAACUUCAAUAAGGCGAGCCAGGUCAAGCUGGCGGCGGCGACGGAUCCGGAGACAGGGAUGAUUUAUGUACCGAAUGGGUAUGUGGACGAGAACGGAUCGGUGUCGAUGAUGACGAUCGAUUGGGGGACCGGCACUAUCGGGAGCGUGCCCAUGUAUGGGGAUCUGAACUCUUUGAGUCAUUACUCCGUCGUUUGGAGCACUGCCCUGAGAUCCUUGGUCCUUUACACCGGCAUGAAUGGAGUGUCCAAUGGCCUGUAUACGUAUAACCAAACUCUGGGAUGGAGACCGCUCUUGACCAACGGUAACGUGCCGAUCCCACGGUUAGGAGCCUGCUUCGUCGCCUCGUCUGCCUCGCCUUCGAGUUCAAAACUCGUCCUCUUCGGUGGUAAUUCUGCCACACGCGACCCCUCGGUACCUCAAAAGGAUAUUUAUGUUCUCGACCUGGUCACCAUGACCUGGACCAGCGGCCCCGAAGUCGAGUACGAGAACGGACGUACAGACGCCGCAUGCGCGGUCUCAAAUGGACAUCUAAUUGCCUGGGGUGGUGUUUUGGCCAGCCCAUCAAGCGCUAGCAAGGUCUUGAUUUUUAAUCUAGGGGUCAUGGACUGGGUUCGGAACUACAUCGCCCCUUACUCGGUUCCUAGGUCUGGCACCUCUCCUGCAUCUGUCUCCGGUCCCGGGUACGGAUCUCUUCCCACUGCAACCGUGCCCAGCGGUAGUGCAGGGGCCCAGCCGACGAUGGCCCCUGCCGCCACCCAGGGAGAGUAUUUAGCGGAGAAUCGUUCAGAUCUUACAGUGAUCGUCGGAUCCGUAUGCGGAGGGGCCGUGGUCCUGAUCGCGAUCUCCGUGUGUAUCUAUCGAGUGGGAAUUUCGAUAGAAAGGAGGAACCAGAAGCAGCAGCAGCAGCAGUGGCGGCGGCAGCAGCGGCGGCACAGCAGCCUCGUAGCUUCGCGUAACAACCGGGUCGAUAUCGAGAAAGCCGGGUACCUGAUGCCAGCCAUGCCGAACGCAACAACCGCGAUCGCCAGUCCAUUCGAAGGUCCGUUACCACCACCGUUCGUGUCCAGGCCGGUGGAGAAAUCGGAGGAGGAGCAACAAGUCUUUUAUGGAUAUGGGGUCCCAAGGACCAGGCCCGCCCACUUGGGCGAGUCGAAGCUAGUCCUGGCUGCGCCCGCGCCCGCGCCCGUGGCUUCGGUCUCUGGGCCCUUCCCGUACGAGAAAUCAGAACCGUAUCAUAUCCCCAACGUCAGCGCCAACCCGAACCCGAACCCAAGCCCGAUUGCGAGCCUCACGAACAUCGCCCGGUCCCGAGAUUCAGUACUAGAGCACCUCCAGCGCCACAGCGGGAUCAUCAUCAAUUUGGUGUCUAUGGAGGAGGACGAGGCAGAGGGCGGGCUAGAGCGGUUCUCGCUCUAUUCGGAUGAGGAGCUGGAGUACCCCGAAGAGUCAGAGCCGUAUAGGUUGCCGGAGGCGGCGGUGCCUUUGUCGAUUGAGUCGAGGUCAUCGUCUAGGUCGUCGUCUAGGUCACCGUCUAGGUCGUCGUCAAGGUCGGAAUCAGAUAUCUCGACCUCGCAGCUGAUGUAUUUGGACGUCGAGCCGCCGGCGUAUCAGGGACGGAAUGAGCAGCGGUAACUUUGAUGGUGAUGGGUUGGGCAGUUCGUAGUCGUUGUAAAUAAAUUAUCCUUCUUUAUGCAUACAAAAGGGCGCAUACUCGGUAUUGUUAAUCUGGGGGGUGGGGGUUAUUUAUUGGGGGGGCGAAGGAUCGAAUCUCUGUCGUCUUCGCUUUGAGGUGAUGAAAGAAACCAGGACAAACGGUUUUUCUCUUUCAUUCAAAAGGAUGCAAGGAAGAACAUUUAUAGG